AUGGAUCACCUCAACCUGACUUGGACCCAGACUUUCAUCCUUGCUGGCUUUACUACCACUGGGAUACUACGACCUCUUGCCUUCUUGGGGACCUUGUGCAUCUAUCUCCUCACUCUUGCAGGGAACUUGUUCAUCAUUGUCCUGGUUCACACAGAUUCUGGACUGUCCACACCCAUGUACUUCUUCAUCAGUGUCCUCUCUUUCCUGGAACUCUGGUAUGUCAGCACCACUGUGCCCACACUGCUGCACACCCUGCUGCAGGGGCGUUCACCCAUCCCAUCGGUUGCGUGCUUCAUCCAGCUUUACAUCUUCCAUUCCUUGGGCAUGACUGAGUGUUACUUGUUGGGAGUCAUGGCGCUGGACCGCUACCUAGCCAUCUGCCGCCCACUGCACUACCAUGCACUCAUGAGCAGACAGGUACAGGUGUGGCUAGCAGGGUCCACUUGGGUGGCUGGCUUCUCAGCUGCACUGGUGCCGGCCAGCCUCACUGGCACUCUGCCCUACUGCCUGAAGGAGGUAGCCCAUUACUUUUGUGACCUGGUUCCACUAAUGCGGUUGGUGUGUGUGGACACAAGCUGGCAUGCUCGGAUCCAUGGGGCAGUGAUUGGUGUGGCCACCGGAUGCAACUUUGUGCUCAUUAUAGGACUCUAUGUGGGAAUCCUUAGAGCUGUUCUGAAGCUGCCCUCGGCUGCCAGUCGUGCCAAGGCCUUCUCCACCUGUUCCUCUCACAUGACAGUAGUGGCACUGUUCUACGCUUCUGCCUUCACAGUAUACGUGGGCUCCCCUGGGAGUCGCCCUGAGGGAACCGACAAGCUUAUUGCUUUAGUCUAUGCCCUCCUUACUCCUUUCCUCAAUCCCAUCAUCUACACCCUCCGCAACAAAGAGGUGAAAGAGGCUGUGAGGAGGCUCACUGACAGGGUCAAGACUAAUUUAAGGGGACCCUGA